CUCUCUGCUCUGCGGUGCCUCCCCCUCGUCUCUCUCCGGCUGGCGGUGACUCCGGCUUCCCUCUCCACACCAGCUCGCAGUUGCUCGCCCCCUUCUCCGCCCACCCUUCCUCCCGAGCGCGCUGGCGGGGAGCCGCAGCCAGCGCGCGGCGGCGGAGCCGGGGAGGCGCAGGCGGUGGGUGUGUGCGCGUGUGUGAAGGACGCCACCUCUCUCUCGCUCCUGCUUUCUCAGGCGGCGGGCGGCGGGGCUGCAAGCUCCGGCAGCGGCAGCGGCAGCGGCGGCGGCUUCCGGAGUCCCGCCGCGAAGAUGCUCAAAGUCACGGUGCCCUCCUGCUCCGCCUCGUCCUGCUCUUCGGUCACCGCCAGUGCGGCCCCGGGAUCUGGGAGCGUCGUCCUGGAUUACUGGAUCGACGGUUCCAACAGGGAUGCUCUGAGCAAUUUCUUCGAGGUGGAGUCGGAGCUGGGACGGGGUGCUACAUCCAUUGUGUACAGAUGCAAACAGAAGGGGACCCAGAAGCCUUAUGCUCUCAAAGUGUUAAAGAAAACAGUGGACAAAAAAAUCGUAAGAACUGAAAUAGGAGUUCUUCUUCGACUCUCACAUCCAAACAUUAUAAAACUUAAAGAAAUAUUUGAAACUCCUGCAGAAAUCAGUCUGGUCCUAGAACUUGUCACAGGAGGAGAAUUGUUUGACAGGAUUGUGGAAAAGGGAUAUUAUAGUGAGCGAGACGCUGCAAAUGCCGUUAAACAAAUCCUGGAGGCAGUCGCUUACCUACAUGAAAAUGGGAUAGUACAUCGUGAUCUCAAACCAGAGAAUCUUCUCUAUGCAACACCAGCCCCAGAUGCACCACUCAAAAUUGCUGAUUUUGGACUCUCUAAAAUUGUGGAACAUCAAGUGCUCAUGAAGACAGUAUGUGGAACCCCAGGGUACUGCGCACCUGAAAUUCUUAGAGGCUGUGCCUAUGGACCAGAGGUGGACAUGUGGUCUGUAGGAAUAAUUACCUACAUCUUACUUUGUGGAUUUGAACCAUUCUAUGAUGAAAGAGGUGAUCAGUUCAUGUUCAGGAGAAUUCUGAAUUGCGAAUAUUACUUUAUCUCCCCCUGGUGGGAUGAAGUAUCUCUAAAUGCCAAGGACUUGGUCAGAAAAUUAAUUGUUUUGGAUCCGAAGAAACGGCUGACUACCUUUCAAGCUCUCCAGCACCCGUGGGUCACAGGUAAAGCAGCCAACUUUGUACACAUGGAUACUGCUCAGAAGAAGCUCCAGGAGUUCAAUGCUCGGCGCAAGCUUAAGGCAGCCGUGAAGGCUGUGGUGGCUUCUUCACGGUUGGGAAGUGCCAGCAGCAGCCAUGGCAACAUCCAGGAGAGCCAGAAGGCUAGCCAAGAACCUUCUCCAAUCCAAGACAGCGGCGAGAACAUCAAAGCUAUUCCAGAAGGAGAGAAUACCCAAGGAGAUGGGCCCCAAGUGGCAACUGAGGGUGCAGAGGCUGAGCUGAUGAAGGUGCAGUCCUUAGAGGAGGUGAAAGAUGCAGAUAUAAAUGCUAAGGAAGUCCCCAUGAUGGUGCCCAAUGCACUGGAAGAUGAAAUAAAGAUUGCUGACCCAGAAAUGGAGGAGAGCCCAGUGGAGGAGAAGCUGAAGACUGUGGAGGAAGCAGCAGACCCCAGAGAAGGGCAGGAAAACCCCACUGUGGGACUUGGAGUUCCACAGCAAGAUGUGAUCUUGCCAGAGUACUAAGUUGGCUUCCUUCAGAUCUGGAAGUCAAACUCUGGCAUUAUAUGUGCUUUGUCCUUCAACAAGGAAGGUGUGGAAGCAUGUUAUGCACUAUAGUGAUUCUGUUUUUGAGGUGCAAAAAAAAUACAUAUAUACAAGUUGGUAAUCCUAACUUCAAUGCAUGUGACUGCUUUAUGAACAUAAUAGUGUUUUCUAUGGCAUGUAAUGGAUACCUAAUACUGAUGAGUUAUAUUUGAAAUUGCAAGUAAACACAACCCUUAAAAACAACCAUUUUCAGCAACCAGUGACAGACAUUUUAAGUGAAUAGUAGCAAAUUAAUUUUCCUUUGAAAACCUAGCCAUCCUACAUCCUUUGGAUUUCUUCACAAGGCAGUAAUUCCUUUGAACUGCUUCUCAGAUAUUACUAGGUAAUGCUAUAAAAUGUUUCCAUGACCUUCCCAAUAUUUACUUUACACCAUUAAUGUAUUCAAAACUGUUUACAAGGGGAUGGAUAUAUAUAGGUGAUAGUUACACAGAAUGUGCAAAAAAUUCCAUUUACACUGGUAAGAAAUUGAAGCAUACUUAUAAGGGCCAUGGAUUCAUAUGCCCCUGAGGCUUAUGUGGAGAAUGUCCUCUAAUUUAUAUAUACCAUAUCAAUAAUAAUCAAAAUGUUCUCUCUUAAAUUCUGCCAUUUUACAAUCCUGGAAAAAGCAUUUUACACACACAUGAUGUGUUUCAUUCUUUCCUUCACCUACUGUCCAAUAAGAGGCUCUUCAGUUGGACAAAAUUAAGGAAGAAUAAGGAAAUUCAGGGAAGGAAAGGAAUAAUGUAGAAUUAAUUCCUAUUCACUUUUCAAAUAAAAUGUAUUAAUUCAUGAAUUUAUAAAACCUUAUAGAUAGGAACAUUUUUAUGGAUAAAUCUAUAAUUUCUAAGUUUCAAAUAUUUAGAAAAAACUAUUCCACAUAUUGGUGCCAAAAUGUCUGAAUAGAGUAGAUAAUUCAUUAUUGACUUUACUAGAAAAAGACAAUUAUUGUGUACAAAACUCUCCCCUCCACUUGAUGAUAACUGGAUAUAUUCUUUAUAAACUUAAAGAUACUUGUAAAAUAUAGGAUAUCUUUUUCUCACACUUGGAAUGAAAGUGCCCACAUUUUGGAAUGCAGUUUUCACAUUUUUCAUGUUAAAUUUAGUACAUUUAAUUUUCCCUUAAAAAGUAAACAAAAAUGAAGAAAACACUGACUUCAAAUCAUACUCUUGAGAAAUUAAAAUCUAAUAUUUUAUUAUUUGUUUCUCCAGAAUAUUUUUCUCUGACUUUCGUACUAGGACCAUUUUUCCCUUAAAGAAAUUACACUGAGUCCAAGAACCUCACAUUUAUUUCUAGUUUGAGUUGAAAUUAAUAUUUUAUAAAAAUAUUACACAAUGUAAUCUAAUACAUUUGUGAUAAUUUUCCUAAUUUUAAAAAGAAUUAUUUUCCAAGUCCAAAAUGAAAACAAUAAAAAUGACCAGCACAUAUAAAUCCUCAUAAAAUAAAGAGAUCUUAAAUUCUUUUGGCUCUUCCUCAAACCUAUUACAUUGAAAAAUGAAGUUUCUGGCUUCUGAAGGCUAUUGGAUCUCAGUAUACAUUUUGCAUUCCAAGAAAUGUUCAACUAUACUCAGGACAAGGAAAUAAGGUAGGGCUUCUGGUAUUCCAAAGUUCAGGGAUCUGGUAGGUCACUGCCAUAGAGGAAAACACUGAAGAAGCACAUAAUUGAGUUCAGAUGAUCAUUUUCGUUUUUUAUUAAUAGUACUUGUCCUCCCCUUCCCUCUUUCCUUCCUUCAUCUUUUAAUUAUUCCCUCUUAGAAUUCAAAUUUUGGCUAUUAUAAAGGGCUCACUUUUUAACUUUCAAGAAUGCCUUCUUCAUUAAGUAUUAAGACUUCCACUUAAGAAGAGCAAUUUCCUAAAUUUCCAGGUGAAAUUUUCCCCGUGUGUGUGUGUGUGUGUGUGUGUGUGUGUGUGUGUGUGUGUAAAGUGCUCCAUACAUCAGAAGAGGAAAGAGGAGAGGAAAAUGGAGUUCCAUUAAAGAACACCAAUUAGUUGGAAGAUCAGAUCACAUCAUCCCUCCCAGCCCACGCAAACUGUUGCAAGGCAGGUAUCAUAUCAUUCCAACACUUGGGCUGACUGCAUUUUGGUUGGCUCUGUGGAUUAUGAGAACAGCAUCACUACUGCUAGAGCCACAGUGUGUUUCCGAAUUAAUUUAACAAUUUAAAUGAUUGUACAUGACCUUCCUUGGUGAGUACUCAAGAGCAUGAAGAUAAUUCCCUCUUUUUUAAUCUGAAAACUGCACCUUCUAAAAUACUGAUGAAGAGUUCAGAUUUUUACUCUAUAUGUUAACAUGUCGGUAUAGUGACUAAUGGAGUCAUUUCAGAGGAAACAAGUCAGUCUUUCACAGAAAUGGUCAUUUCAGUCAUUAUUCAGAUUUCAAAGAAAUAAAAUUUAAGCUAGUAUAAUCAUGUUAUUUUUGAAAGAACAUUGCUUGUUAAAAUGGGAUACAUUGUCUAUCACAAGGAUGAUUUAGCUAAAUAACAGUAGGAAAAUAGAGACAUAAUUUGAAAAAAAUCAAGGUUAUUUCUGACAAUGUAGUCUCAAAGCAAAAUAAUUUUUAAAAUUUCAGUGAAGAAAAAUUACAUUUUGCAUUUUAGAGAUGACAAUUUUCACAUUGCAGUAUUGGUUUCUAUUUUGAGAAGUUCAAAUGCAUUGUAUAAACUAGAUUCUUUUACCGUAAGAGUCAACACUGAACUAUUUCCCCCAUUUAAAAGUGUGGUAAUCCCAGUGGUUUCUUUCAAACUAUUAAGGAAACAUUUGUCCCAUGGACACACAGAGUAGAAAUUAGAAUACGAUGGUUGUAGCAUUUACUGUAUAGAACAAGUGCUGUCUGAUAUAAACAUAGAGCAAGCCACAUAUGUAAUUUUAAAUUUUCUAUUAGUAACAUUUUAAAAAAUAAGAUGAAAUUAAUUAUAAUAUCUUUUAAUCCAAUAUAUCAAAAUUGUACAUCAAAUAUACACUCAAGAUAAAAAAUUAUGAGAUAUUUUGGAAUGCUUAUUUUUAUACUAAGUUCUCAAAAUCAGGAGUGUGUAUUAUACCUUUAGUAUAUCAUCAGUCAAAACCAAUAUGUAGUUUGUGGCUAUUGCAUUAGACAGCACUGGUCGAGAGUACUUUUUAUUUUAAGCAAAGUGACAUUUGAACUUUUAUGCUUAUUUCUGAGCUGCCUCAGUUUUCCACAUUCAUGAAUUGGAGAGAGACCUACAAGAAAAUAUUUCAGGAAUGUCACAGACUGUAACAAGUAAAAAGCUAUUGGCUAUUCCUGCCCAUUCAUUUGCCUUGGUGAAAUGUUUCCCAGCAUGACUUAAAAGAACACCACUUUCUUGGGCAUUGCCAGGUGAUCUCUUGGCCACAGUUCCUCUUGAUUCUUCUUUGGGGCCCUGAAAUCCUAACUAUAGACUAGAGUCUCUUGAGUACUUCCAUUAAGCCAAUAGUAUUCCUGCUUCCCAAUGUCUACUGUGGGUCCACCAUGUGUCCCCAUUGAGAAAGGACUACACACAGAAUCCAAUUGGUAAUUCUGCACCACGACACCAUUCUUGUGUCACAGGUACUAUGUCUUUCUAGAAAUCUACUAAAACAUACAAAUUAGCAUGGUGAAGCCCGUAUGAGGAAGGUGAUAGCACGUCAGUUACCCUGAAAUGACUAUUGGCUCCCAUUUUUAGAUUUCCUGAGAAGGGUUUAAUCAACACUGCCAUUACACAUGAAUUUUUAAAAAGACUUAGAAAUUUUUUAAACACUGAUUUUAGAAUAACCAUCAAGGUUCUAUAUUUUUAGUGGCAGACUUAAAAGAAAUGAAAUUUGCCUUUUACUGUGACCUCAAUUACACAGUAUUUUAAACAUAUUUUGUAAUUUAGAAUGUUUAGCAAUGCCUAUUUCCAGUUUCACAUGCAAGGUGACUGAUCGUGGGUUGCCUACAGGCUGAAAAUUUAAAGAGGGCUGUUUUGUUUCAUAAUCUAGUUUUUAUUGCACAGAAGCAGCUGGUUGCAUUUCAAAUUGGAAAAAAGAAAAGUAAAUGCCAGAAAAGGCAAAGGAUAAAAUUAGUAAACCAUUUAUUCUGUUUUAGGGUUGUUCUUGCAAAGUCAAUUCAAAAAAAAAAAAAGUUAAAAAGAGGUCAACAAAGUGAAUUAACACUAGGUUUUUCUUGAUGAAGGUGGACCCAAUAUAUAAUUGACCAAUAUACAGAGCAGAGACAAUUACAUAAUUACGACGCCAUUAUGUAAUUUAUUUGUCACUGCAGAGUAUUCAGUCUGGUUAUCUAGGUCUACUUGAGAUGAUGUAAAGUCUCCAGACAUUUAUUUAUGUAAUAGGAUUUGUAAUACCCUUGUAAUUACUGCCUAUUAGGUCAUAUUCCAAUUUCCUUAAUGAUCAGCAGUGAAAUGCUCCUGUUCAGGGUCAUUGCUAAAUUUGAGCAUUUAUCAGUUAAACACUGCUUAAUGUUUUGACUCUGUGUAUCUGCAAUGUUUUUGAAAAAAACAUGCACAUGUAAUUUCAACAGUGGUAUUAUAAUAUUCAUAACAAUUUGAUAAAUAGAAGUGUACCCAAAAAUUUUCUAUAAAAAUUUCUAAGUCCUUUUAUUCCCCUGACACAUUCAGGGUGAGUUUUCAGUCCCUUGACAAACAGAAAAAAAGAGAGAAGAGACAACCACAUUGUUACCAAGUUCAAUAUAACUCCUUCCUGAAGUUUUGAAUUUUUAAGGGCAAGAUUUUUUAUUAUUAUGCUAUUUUUUGUGCAUAUUAUCUGAGUUCAUAUAAUAGUUCAUUCCAAUCAUUUUUAAAUUUAUCUUGGGGCGCAAUAACAAAUUUGAUUAAUGUAUGUCUGGUUAAAAUUAAAUUUUUCAUCUGUGAUAUACUCUAGUCAGUCUGAUUACACAAUUUUAGCCUCCUUCACGAUUCAGUCUGUUCCCUAUCAUCUGGCCCAGAGGUGCACUUAGAGCAAGAAAGAAGCCAGAAAAUCAGACUAACAAGCUUGCGAGAAUUAGAUGCUUCUCCAGAGAAGAUUCAAAGCAGCCCUCUUGGUUGAGCCCAAAUUAGUCAAGUGGGAGAAAGCCACUUCCCAUGUUCUCAUUGAAAACUUGAUGGUUUGUUUGAAUAUUAGUACAUUACCAUUGACCAAUAAUGGCACAUGAUUCCACCAGUCAUUGACUCUUUACCCGUCUUAAUUUGCUACCCCAAACCCAAAUCAAUGUUUUAUUUCGUCCCUAUGGCCAACAGGCUCAUUGUCUAGGGCUGUGAGACCCUCUAAAGCCCUGGCAGAAGCAUCCCAGACUAGCUGGAAAAACAUGGGGUCCUUGUUGGCCCAGAAGUCAGUUUGAAACUCGAAACAAAAAGGCUAAGACUUAAAAAUCCCAUUGUCCCUCUAAAUAGUUAUUUUCAGUGUAUUUUGAAGAUUGACCUGGAAAAUCCAUAGAUAUGGAAUAUUUGUGUCUAAUCUGAUCUUUGCUGUGAUUCAUUGUGUUAAUAAUGACAGAUAUUUAAUCUCUGGUCAGACAAUAAUCCUUACUUUCCAUUUAAAAGAUUAUUUCAAGCUACUCAAAUACAAUAGACUUUACAUUAGAUUUUUUUUUUUGAAAACUAUUGUUUUCCUUAAGCUGUCUCCUAAGUCUAACAAUUAGUUGUAAAUGAUAAAAAUUUACUAGGUUUGCCCUUUCUUUGUUCUUUCCUUGAUACAUGGAUAAUAGUUCAUCUGUUUUGUAAAGUAUACAAUAAGUAUGACCAUAAAUUGAAAACUACCAUCUCAUAAUGGCCUCAACACAUGCCCACAAUAUAGUUCAUAUACCAUGGAAUGGAUUAUAAAUAGCAUAUUCAUGAUUUUUUUUUCUCUUCAUGGCACCAUUAAUCUCAGUAUUAUUUUCAUAGUUAUCUGUAAGCCAAAAAAAUGUUCAACAUGUCCAUUUAUUAAUAAUUAGGUCAACAUGACAUAAUAGUUCUUCACUGCAUGUCCAACAGAUGUUGCUGUUUCCCUCAAAUUUUUUAAAUGCCCUAUGAGUUCAGUUAGUGGGAACAGCUGACUUCUGGUUUAACUAACUCCUUGUGCCCAGGGAACUAAGAGUAUAGGCAAAGGGGAUUGUUAAUAAAAGUCAGGGGCUGGUGUUUAUACGCUUAGAUGUCUGAAUGUCAACCAUUUUUUAUCUCUUUUAUUAAUGGAAAUACAGCUUACAUAUUUGAGAUAUACAUAUAAAAACUUAAAUACAUUUAAAGAAUCAAUUUCCACAUAAUUCCUCCAGGAAUUAAAUUUAAAUCUCCAAAGAAGAGUUUUCAGGUAAACUAUGGUUCACAGAGCAAAUCUUUCAAAGGUCAUUUUCAUUGCAACACAUCCAGACUAGUGUUUGUAGCUGUUUUCAUACUAUCAGGGAAAAGUUGAGUAUUUUCAACAAUGACCAUACAACCCACAAAGCCUAAAAUGUUUAUUUGGCUAUUUGAUCCUUUACAGAAAAAUUUUUUAAAAAAUGGAUAGCUCUGAUUUUUCACAAUAUCCAUGCUUUUGAUGGCCUCUAGGAAUGGAAUCUUUUACUCUGUAGUUCCCCAUCCCCCUUAGUUUAAGAUCCUGAUUCUCAUUUGCUUCUUCAGAACUUAGGUGAGUUUUGCUUGAUGUUACAGACAAUCUCACAGCAACAACUGAUGGACACAAGACAGUGAAAUUUCUCUACAGAAUUCAUUCAAAAUGGCAUCAAUGCCCAAAAAGAAAAUUCAUAGUAUGAAUUGAGUUGGCUGAGACUGGAAGUUAAUAUUUCUAAUGGUUUGAGCAUGUUUUAGAAAUUUGAUCCUUAUAUUUAAAAAUCAUAUAAAUACCUUAAUACAUAAUUAUAUGUUCCCUAUACUAGCAUUUGAACAUUUAAGCCAAUCUGAAGUUGUUACUUAAUGAGCUAAGAAAUGAGAGUUCUUUGAUUCUGAAUCUCUCAGAAUAUUCUAAAAGCAACUUAUAUCAAUUGAACUUCCAUUAAUAAUUUUUAGAAAAUAUGCUUUAUUAUGUGAUAUUCUAUGAUAAAGACUUAUUCAUCAAUAGCCCAGGGAAUAGGCAAAUGGUCAAAUCUUUUAUGUAAGAAAGCUACAUUUCAAUUUCCAUGCUUUUCUGAGUAUUCUAUAUUUCAUUUCUUUGAAAAGAGAAGGUCUUGAGUAAAUGCUUUCCAUUACUUUUCUUACAUAUUUAGAAAUCCAAGAAGGGCCCUUUUCUUCAUCUAUUUCUGUCACAGAGAAAUUAUUCAUUCUAAAAUAUCUGCCUUAAGGGAAGCAGGUAACCUAGAUAUUGAGAAAAAUUUAGGCAUUCAUGACUCUUGUGUUUCAGUUUGACUUUCAACAUCUGUAUUUAACUUAGAUAUUUAACUUAGAUAUUAAAGUAGAAAACCCAUUAUCGGCUUACUAUUAGGAAUACCUAAAAUUAUAUUAUGACUCUAAAUUAUAUACUGUUUUCUUCAAACUAUUGCAGGAAUCAGUAGUAUAGGACACAGAAACAAAAGAUAUGAAUCAUCUACCAGUUCUCCAUGAUUGAUACAUGUAUAGGAAAGAUGACAAAAUGUAAAUUAGAACUCUACUUCUCUACCUUCUUACCUUCCUACUUCCUACUGAGCAAUCAGAGUUCGAAGGCAGUUGUUGAUGGACUUAAAUAUCUUAGAAAUAAGAUAUCUGGUUGGUUUUUGUCCUAGAAAUCAAACAACACAGUUCAGGGGAAUAGUAGGCCAACGUUGAAGCAUGUUUUAAGGAAAUGAUCUGCUAAUGUUGAAGAUUCUCAGAAGUAACUCAUUCUAGGAAUCCAUUUUCCCAGUUAAAUUUUCAUUGAGAAACUAUUAUAUGCAAUGGAGAAAUAAAAAAUGAAUUAAACCCAGUGCUACCCUCCAAAGUGGCUUUUAGUUGAAAAGCAAAGACAAGUAUAUAGAUAGUCUGUGCUAAAUCUGGACAGGUUGUAGCCCUCUAGGAAAGAGGGAAAAGCUCUCUUUUGCUAGGAAUGAUGGAGGAAAGCUUCAUGGGAACAUGGACUGAUUUGAAGGACUAGAAGAAUAUCUGCAGACAGGGAAAAAAGAAAGGAGGCAUGUCUGACUGAAGAUUGUCCUGAGCAUAGGCAGUGGGGAAAAGCAAGGCAAAGUGGUGAAGAAAUAGCACUAGGUGGAAAAGGUUGAAAUCCAGAGGGCAAUGUUGCUAAAUCUGCAGCAGAGCCUCAGAUUUUGUGCAAAGUUGAAUUAGACAGAUUCCUUGCUCCUUUCUUGUUUCUAGGCAGACACAGGUUUAGACUUUCUUCAGAACAUCUGCCAUCUGGAAUGCCUCCCAGCAGAAAAUCAUCCAACACAUCAAAGACGUUUUUACAAGUCAUCCAUUAAAGCAAAGACUCAGCCACUGAAUGCAUAAACUGCAUUGGCCAGGUCUCCAUUGAUAAAGCAGAGUAAAUUGUGAAAGCAAUUAUCUGCCUAAGUUUUGCAAAACUCCAAUUUCUAAAAACUCUUGUCACUCCAGAAAAUCACCUACUUGCUCAAGUUUGCUAAAGGUUACUGCUAUCGUCAUUUCAGCCCUUUAGGUUAUCUGAUCUGGACAGUUCAAUUCCCAUCAGAUUUAAGAUAGAAUUCUACCUGAAAGUUUAGACAGCAAAAGGCAAUUUGUACAAAGCUAACUCUCAGACAAUGAAAAAAUUAUCAGAACAGCUUUCCUCAAACAAGCUGGUCCUGUCAAUUACUUCCUUCUUCAUCCAUCUCUUUUAUCCCAUUUACAUAUUUUCAUAAGUUCCUUUUCAUAUCACUCAUUGCAGGCAGUAUUUUUACAUUCAUCUUCAAGAAACUUAUUUUUAAAAAUAUAUACCAAUUGGAAUCAGAUUACAGUAUGAAUACUUUUGGUUGCCUUGCAACUUUGCUUAUCUCUAAUAAUAUAUGUGAUUAGUGAAUGGCUACAUAAGGACAAAGAUUAACUAUUAUCCGAAUGACGGAAAAAAAAAAAAAAAAAACUAAGAAGUUAACAUACAGAAAACCUAAGUUAGCAGGCACUGAGAAA